ACCUCCCCUUUAAGAGACUGUCCCUUUAACAAACUUAACCUGGACACACCUGAACUUCAAACUACGGGAGUUUCAAUAUAGUAGAGGAAAACCUAUACCGAAAGAACUACAUCCUGUCCUGAAAUAUGGGGACAGUGGCCAUGGGCCCUCCUGGGCCAGCAGCGGUGCCCCAAACUCCUCAGUGGGUAGCAGAUGUGGACAAGGUAACAAAGGAUGUGAACAGCACUGAGGAGGAAGAAGAGGAAAUGAUCAAAUCUGCAAAUAUGGAACCCAGUACCCUACAGUGGCCUGAGAAUAAACCCGAACCACAGAUUCUGCCAGUCAAGGAUGGAGAGAGCACAAGCGUUAAAUCAGAUUGCAUCUCAAUCCAGGGUGGAGUGAGCCGGACGGAGUGCGAGAGGGAGGAAUAUGGGCUGAGAGAGAAGGAGAAGACAGGUGAGGGAUGGAGGAGGAUGGAAGCAGGGAAAGAAAGUGUUUCUGACACUGAGCUGAGAAACAGAGUGAAAAGCACCUGCUCGGAGAUAGAGGUGGAGGAGGUGAACAUCAUGCCAGAGAACGCAGCCCGAGUCUUCAGCCCCAGCAUCACCAUCCUGCUCUCCACCAGCCAGCUGGAGGCUGCAGACCACUGGAGAGAUGAAGAAGAAGAGAGGAGCCCCUUCCUGGAGACACAUGGAACACCACUAGAAGAGUAUUACAACGACUGGCCCAUCACACCCAAAUCACGUUGCUGUGGCUUUGGUGGAUCUAAUCGUGAUGCUCUUAAACUGGGUGCAUCCAUGUUCACCUCUGCCCUGAUCUUCCCCUUGUUGGUGUGGGGCAGCUACAUCUUCCUGCCCUUUGAUGCUCCUCUGCUCGACAGUGCCCCCCUACGGCUGGUCUACACACUGCGCUGCUCUGUUUUUGCAGUCAUACCUAUUGUCCUUGGUAUGUUGGUACUAGGUGUCUCCCGUCUGUGGUAUCGAUCCUUGAAGCCGCGGUUUGAGGGGGAGAGGGAAGUUCAGCAGGUGGCAGUUCACCAGCGCUAUGUGGAGGACUCCGUCUCCCUCUUUCUGCUUUACUUCCUCCAACUGGCUGUCAUGGCUGCCUACCUGAAUCAGGAUCUGCUUAAACUAGUUCCUCUUCUCACCAUCGUUUUUGCCUUUGGCAGAUUACUGUACUGGGUUGCAGCAGCUUGUGACAGCAGUUUGAGAGGUGUUGGCUUUGGGUUCUCAUUUCUGCCAAUGCUGGUUAUGCUGGUGGCCAACCUCUAUUUCAUCUUCCUCUCUGAAUCUGCAGGCUCCAUCUUUGCCCCAGACAUCCCAGAACCACCUGUUCCUCCAACCAAACAGCGGUUCUGGGGCUAGACAUGCCACAUCUGACACCUCUGCUACUGCCAAAUGUAGACCAGAUCUCUUUAGGCUUAGAGCCAUCUUAAAUUAGACUAUAAGAAAUUUGUGUCUGAGAACGUUUAAUCCAACUGUGAUUUCAUUUUCCUCUCAUGUUCUUUGCUUUCCUGAGUAAAUUUAUAUCAUGACCAGGUGGGUUGAAAUUGCCAGAAAUCCAGUCAAAGGAAAGAGGGUAGAACAAAGGGGGAAUCUGUUUUUUUUUUUAGUUUUUUUUUUAACUAACAUAUAAAUAGAAGUUGUGUAGUGAAACUUGAGACACUAAACUACAAAUUAAAAUGAGCUAGCUACCCUUUAUUGCAGCCAAACAUGAGCACAAAGCAGAUGCAGAACAAGAUUCAUCAUCACUCAAAAGAGCUCCAAAUAUACUGGUUUCAACUCAUCUACUUUAAGAUGAGAAUGUCAACAAGAAGAAAACAAAAUUCCAAAUGUUUAUUCUACAAGUAUGUUUUUAUUUUUUUUUUUGCUCAUGCAUUGUUUGCUUAUUUAAGACUAUACUGUGUGGUGUGUGAAGUUAGAGGCCUGCCCAAACUUGUAAUCUUCCACAACCACUCCCUUUGGUAAUUUAAGGGCAAUGUGAUGUUUACUCUGUGUGAAGUGUAGACAUAUUUUUAACAAAUUUGUAAAAAGGUAAAGGUAUAAGAUAUCUAUUAGAAGAUCUUGUAAAUGAAAUACUAAACAAAACUGCAAAGAGAUAUAAGAAAACUAUGUAGCCUAGUGCAAAUGAAUGUAUUAAGCUGAAAUUCUUAUAUUUUCAUAAACAUUUUUAACAAAUACAA